AUGUUGCUGUUUUAUGCAUGUAUGGAUCCCAAAACCAGGGGUAUGAGCACCCACCAAACAUCUAUUGCCGGACCUCAAUGUGUUGAGACUCUGAAGCAAAUGAAAAGCAACAAAGAGCUCUUGAAACAGGCAUUUCGCGUAGUAAAAGAAAGCUGUGAUCGUUUGCUUCCGACUGAUGUGUCAGAUCUCAUUCCAUUCGCGGACACCGCUACACCCUACCGAGAGACGAGUGUAGAUGUGAAACCACUAAUUGCAACUCGUGAAAAAGUGAUCAAAAGACUCCUAGCAGUGACUGGGGAACUGGAGAAAAUGCGUCACAUCUUGACAAAAACAAUAUGGGAACUGAACGACUUAUCUGAUCCAAAUGUACAAAAAUCUUGA